GCUUCAAAACUUCAAUAUAAUCAAUCUUUUUCUUUAAAUUAAUUCCCAUUAAAUAAUCACAACCAUGAAGAUUAUGAAAGUAAUCUUCAUGAUCGCAGCCACCAUGGCCAUAGCCAUAGCAACAACCCUCACCAUCACCUCCACCACGUCCGGUGACAAUCAAGAAGCAACGCAGCUCGUUGGGCCGCCAGUUGUGAACCCAUUUCCAAAAAGGGUGAGUCGGUUUCUAGCUGAAAACAAGAACCCUCGAGCAGCGGAUCAUUGCAACAAAGACGACGAGAUUUGCUACAUCUUAGAAGGAAAAAACUCAACAUGUUGCAACAAUAAGUGUAUGGAUUUGAGUGAGGAUAAACACAAUUGUGGUGGGUGCAAGAAGAAGUGCAAGUUCACAAGCUCAUGUUGCAGAGGGGAGUGUGUGAAUUUGGCUUAUGAUAAGAGGCAUUGUGGGUCGUGUGGCAACAAGUGUAUGCCCGGUGGUUAUUGCAUUUACGGUCUCUGCAAUUACGCAUAAUCAAUCAUUUGAUCUUGAUUGUAUGUGAUGUGUGUUGAGAAGUUCUUCGAUGCUAGGUCGAUCGAUUAUAUAUACAUGCAUUAAUUUAACUAUUCAUAGGCACGUUAAUAUGCCAUCAAUAAUGACCAUGUUUGGUCACCCGAAUGUUGUAUACUCAUUUAUAAUCUAAUUUCAUGUUUUAUAAUAUUAAUUCAUACCCA